AUGAUUAUAUGCUCAUUGGCAGUCACAAUUUCAGUAAGCUUGGUCUACAAUCUCAACUACGUUAGAUCUAGUGAACAAACCCCGACCUGGCUAUCCAACCAAACUGUUCAAUCGAACAUCAGAGCCAUCUUCGAUGGCAUCGAUCGCAUCGACGUUGUACUUGGUGAUCUCGACCCACAGGAAAUCCUCGAUGUUCUGAUCCAUCGCAUCGAUCCGCAAUCGAUCCUCGCGGGCAAAGCAAUCCGCCUCUACCGCGAAGUGGUCCCCAGGGGCGAACAGCAUCGUUGCGACGGCGAACGGCCAAUCCUGUCCGCCAUAAUAGACAUGAACGAUGAUGACGAAACGGAAGCGAAGGAAGCGGAAAUGCUGGAUGUGAUCGAUCGUGACUACGUGGAUGAGUUUGGCUUCGUCGAGUGGGAUCAAACGUUCGAAGCGUUUGCAAAAAUAUGGGACCAGAAUCACGAUUACGGCUACAUAGUCUUUGUGAGCUGGAAUGCUUUUCUGCUUUCGAUAAGAUGUUUGUUGGACCCGUACGGAACGUACUUGUUUGUUCUAAGUGAGGACAGUAGCUUAGAUUUAGACCGAUUGAAGGACUUUUUCUACUCUACCUGGAUGCAUCAAGGGGUAUUCAAAAUUUUCUUUUUGAUCCAAGAAAAAAUCUAUGCAUACGAUCCCUUCAUGGCUGACGGACCUAAAAAAUAUGGCGUGUUGAGAGAAUUGUUAAACGUAGAAGAUAUUCCGAGUGUUCCUCAGAGGAACUUCAAAGGUUAUCCUCUCAGAAUCGAUGUAUUCCGGUCAACUUACUCCGAUACCAUCGUGGAUAAGAACGGUAAAAUUCUUGACUUCGUCGGAGCAGACCUUGAGGCAGGUCGAGCUUUUACGGAUGCAAUGAACUUCGCUCCCACUUUAUUGCCACCGGACAAGGAGGGUUUCGGCUACAAACUGCCCAACGGAAGCUUUAACGGAGUUAUCGGACGUCUGUUGCGGCGAGAAAGCGACAUAGCCUUCGUAGGGUUUUUCAUCAAGGACUAUUUCAGCCGAGAUAUUGAGUUCACCACCGGGAUCUACACGGACGAGCUUUGCUGUCUGGUGAAGAAAGCAAGCCGCGUGCCAGAAUAUCUGCUUCCGAUCACAAUCUUCCCGGGAGAUCUGUGGGGACUGCUGUUCGUAAUGGGAAUUAUUUGCGCAUUAGUAUGGAUCCUGCUACGGGCGGGAAUCCGGGCAAAGUCCGUCAGCGGUGUUCACUGGAAUCAAACGCGACGCUUGGCCUAUCUGUUCAACCUGUCCGAUGAAAUUCGUGAUGCUCCAUUAUAUCGGAAAAUGGUUCAGAUAUGCGUCGAUACGUACAUACUUCUGGUUAGCGGUCCCUAUCAGAGAUUCACCAGAUCCGGUAUCGAACGCCUGAUGCUUUUCGGAAUCAUGAUGGUGAGCUUGAUCUUCGUGUCCAUGUUUCAGUCGAGUUUGUCCUCGGUGUUCUUGAAUCCGGUGUACUACAAGGACAUUGACAGCCUCCAGCGGUUGGACGAGUCCGGCCUCCAGAUUCCCGUCAAGUAUAAGGGAUUCACGGAUGAUGUCUUCCCGGCAAACUAUAGCCCGAUGAUGGAGUCACUGCGAGACAAGAUGAUUUUCAAUCCGAUCAAGGGCUCGAUGUUGGAUGUGGUCGCAAAAUCGACCAAGAUCGCCACUGUUACUCGGAGAUCUACACUCUCGCUGGACAACGCCAUAUUCAUUACCACGAAGCAGUUGUUCAUGAUUCCGGAGUGUCCGCGGUUGUACAAUCUGGCGUUUGUAGUACCGCGGCAUUCGGUACUACUGGAGGGCAUCAACGUGUUUAUUCUGGAAAUGUUGAACGGUGGCUUGAUUAACCAUUGGAUAGAUGUGAUGAAUUUCAAUGCAACGCUCCGAGAUUGGAAGAAAAUGAUGGGUUCCCAUGAGGAAAAUUUCAAGAUUUUGACCCUAAUCGAUAUGCAGUUUCCGUUUUACCUGUUGGCUAUAGGGUUGAUCCUGAGCGGUUUAAUAUUUGUCAUCGAACUGGUGUAUUACAGAGUGUUCGAAAGAUCAGUUUCGCAUCACGAGCAUGCUGAAACCAACAAUAUCAUAAAUCUGAAAUGA